ACUUUUUUUGGCUGGGGUGUAGAGAAGGUGAGCUCUAGGAAGUUGUCAUUCAGAUUAGAGAAGCACCGAGGAAAGGACGUGUUUGGACCAUCUUGUUCCUCUGGCUUGUUUCCUUCUGGAGCAGUGUAUUCUGUUUCAGACAUGUGUGACCUCAGAUUCAUCACGAUACAAGUUGAGCUGCUCUUUUGCUACCUCCUGCUGUCCCCUGUGGAUGUCAUUUCAUAUGGAAACCGGACAAAUAUUCCCUUGAGAUCCUGGCCACCUUCCUCAGACCCCUUGUCCUGCCAGACUCUGCUCCCAAAGUCCCUGCCUGGCUUCACCAACAUGGCUCCUCUACCCAAGUUCCUGGUAGCCUUACCACUGGUGAUCGCCCUGGAGAAAGCUGGUUGCCAGGCUGAUGUCCGGACCCUGCAACUUCAGCUGUACCGCCAGGGGGGUGUAAAAGCUACACAGAAACUCAUCCAACAUCUUCAAGAGCUCCAGAAAAGCAGAAGCACAGGGAGGGCAGCUUCAGUGGAUGCCCUGGCCUCUGCUCUACAGCUGUUGGCCAGGGAGCAACCAGGCCCAGAAAGGGCCCGACGCUCCCUCCCUACCAAUGACUGUGAGCAGGAGCAGGAGCACGGUGUGCACAAUGUAGUCAGGUUGUUUCCAGCAAUUGGAACCUACUACAGUCUCGGCACAGCUUUGUAUUAUGCUGCUCUGAACUGUUCAGACAAGGCCAAGGAACGAGGCCAAGAUGGGGUCAUAGAUAUGGGUUAUGACCUUCUGAUGACCAUGGCUGGAUUGUCUGGGGGACCCACAGGACGACUAAUCAGCGCUACACUUAAACCUACAGUGAAGGCUGGUAUUGAACAGUUGAUCCAGUAUUACUAUGGGAAAGAGGCAAACACCGCUCUGCCAGAGAUCAGCAUGGAGGACUGGGGGGGGGACCUAAGAUGUGAGUGACCUGGAAGAAACAACUGCCAUGGCCCUUUGGUGUUAGUUCACCUCCCUGAUUAGUUCAGGGCUUAUAUAAUGGCUAUGACUUAGAUCCUGGGAAUGGCAGUCUUGGGAUAUAAAAGGUGGUGAUCACAAAAUGAAUAAAUCUAAUAUUUUG